AAAAAAAAAAAAAACGGGAGAAAGCACAUGGACGCGAGCAGCUGAAAUCAAUAAACCAACUGACUGAUAAUCUGAAUCGGGUCUGAUCGGCACACGGAGCAGCGCGCGCUCUCUCUGUUUAGGGACCGCCUCGCGAGCCACGGGACACUGGCCAGUACGAUCCAAAAGUCACGGAAAUCUUUGUGCAGCGAGAGUUUCCACGCGUGAAAAUGAUCCAAGAGGGGAAAUAAUCCGAGAGCACGCGAGAGAAACAAACAGAGGGAGCGCGAGGGAGAGAGAGAGAGAUCACUGAUGAGGUGGAGGAGCAGGAUGGUGGUGGCCUAGAAACAUCAGGAAUUCCUCGUUCCGCUUGACUGGAUUGUAAGACGAUGGGGGAUUUUACGCAUUGCAAAGAAAAGGGGCUUGCUUUUCUCCUCCACGCACCCCGACUUCACUUUACUCCGAGGAUGCUUUGAAGUCUCCCAGUCCGAGAGUCACUGGCCCACGUGUGAAGGAACAGCGGCUCUGCGCAUUAAUGCGUGUGUGCGCGAGCGCGUACGCGUGCUCUCCCGUGACCGAUGGCACUGGAAUCCGUGCGCAACGGCUAUGUGCGCACUUGUGUCACUCCCGUGGAGCAGGACUGCUGGCACUCGUGCUUUGCUCUCGUGUGGAGCCGUAGGAGCCUCUCCUCGGCCGUGUGCGUCGCUUCACUGUCCGUGCUGCUCGCGCUGCUCGCUCAGUCCGCGGACUGGGACGCGGAGCGCGCACACGCGCACUCUGGCUCUCACUUGGUGACGCUCGUGGAGCUCGUGUGGCAGCUGCUCUCACCCGUCUUCACGCUCGUGUGUGCCUUCUUCUGGGUGGGUGUGUAUCUGCUCCGCUGCGGGGUGCUCAUCCGCACGGCCGUGUUCCUGCUCACCGUGUGCCAUCUGGGCGAAGCGGCGGCGCAGUCGCUGUUGGAUGCGCAGCAGCUGUACUCAUUCACGGCCACCGCGCUGGUGCUGCUCGCCUGCCUGGCCAGCGGGGCGCUCAUGGUGGUGCGUCUGGGUCAGGGCAUCUCCGUGCUCCUCUUCAUCAGCAUCAUCAGGACCGUAUCGUUGCUGUCUCUGCAGAAGGUGCGCGCCAGCUGGAGACCCUACCUGGCGUACCUGCUCGGGGUGCUGGGGGUCCUGCUGGCGAGGUAUGCGGACAGGCUGCUGCCGGAGCAGGGCGCAUCACACCGGGAGGGAUCGAGGGGAGAUAUUCCGGUAUUUAAGAGGCGCAGGAGGUCCAGCUCCGUAGUCUCGUCAGACAUGGCACAGCACGGCCAGCCCAGGAGCAAAUCUCACAGGCGGACAUCGCUGCCCUGUUUGCAGAGAGACCAGAUGCUCCCACAGCAAGAAUGGGAACACAAAAGAGGAGCCCGGGGAUCUCAGCCAUCAGGCCUAAUGCAAUCUUCGGGCACCAGUGUGACGGUGGACAUCGCGGUGAUGGGCGAGGCCCACGGACUGAUCUCAGAUCUGCUGGCUGACCCCUCCCUCCCGCCGAACACCUGCAGCACCCUGCGGGCCGUCAGUAACCUGCUCAGCACCCAGUUCACCUUCCAGCCGCUGCACCACCGGCCGCGCUUGAGCCCCCUGCUGGCCUUCAGCGAUGGACACGCCUGCUCCGACUCAGAGGAAAUGCCGGAGAAAGGAGAGAGGCUGGCCAUCUCAAAGCGUUUGAAGCGGAGUUUGCAUCCGGGGCUUUUGAGACGGAUUUCUUCCCCGUGGACCACCACCACCUCAGCCACCGGUCUGCCCACCCUCGAACCCGGGCCGGUCAGAUGGGACCGCAGUGCCAGCAUUAAAGCACCCCAUGAUGGCCCUUCCAGCAGUUUGGUGAACAGUGAUUCAUGGAGCAAUUCGGUUAUGCUCGGGCUUUCCAAGAGCAGGUCCAUGUCUGCUUCAUACGCUGCCUCCUCCGCCGCCAACCACAUCUAUAGCAAGAGCCGAAGAGGUUGCCCUUCUUCCAACAUCUCACCUCUGGCUUCACCCUGCACCUCUCCUCCAGUCCAGGGCUCUCCGCUCACCAGCCCCACCAACAAAAGCCCCUCAGUGGAGCUGCCGGACCCAGAGCUUCCUCCGCCACAGAGCCCCCACAAAGCCUUAACCCACAGUCAGAGCGUCCCCAGCUCCAGCACUGCACAAUGGGUGCCGCCGUCACUUUGUAGCAGCUGUGGAAGACCGUACGGUAAGCUGAGACACGUGGACGGAUCCAUAGACGCAGGAGAUCGAACCCAACAGUCAGACGAGCCGCUGAUAAUGUCGUCAGACUAUGACAGCACCUAUGAGACCAACCACAGUGACAGCAGCGACUUUGCACAGAACGAGGAAGACAGAGAGGGUCACACGAAAGCCUGCGGGACGUUCCCGUCUCCGGCGCUCGCACUGGCCGCCCUCAUCCCAGCAGAGGAUAAGCCCAUCUUGGCCCCGGAGCCGCUGGUGAUGGAGGGCCUGGAGCCCCUCAUGAGUCAGAUCAACAACUGGAACUUCCCCAUCUUCAGUCUGGUGGAGAAAACCAACGGCAGAUGCGGCUGCAUCCUCAGCCAGGUGUCUUACCGGUUGUUUGUGGAUACGGGACUCUUCGAGGCGUUCAAGAUUCCAGUGAGGGAGUUCAUGAACUAUUUCCACGCUCUGGAGAACGGAUACAGGGACAUCCCAUAUCACAACAGGAUUCAUGCAACAGACGUCCUCCAUGCGGUGUGGUACCUCACUACCCAGCCUGUGCCUGGUUUACCUUCACUGGCAUCACUGAGUGACUCGGACUCUGACGGUGGACUCGCUCACAGUCACUCAAAGUACCUGAUGUCCAGGACGUAUCCUGUAGAGGACGAGGGCUACGGCUGUCUGUCCGGCCUCAUCCCCGCUCUGGAGCUGAUGGCGCUCUACGUAGCAGCCGCUAUGCAUGAUUACGACCAUCCCGGCAGGACCAACGCGUUCCUGGUGGCCACCAGCGCUCCUCAGGCCGUGCUUUAUAAUGACCGUUCGGUGCUGGAGAACCAUCACGCAGCGUCUGCCUGGAAUCUCUUCAUGUCGCGGCCUGAGUACAAUUUUUUGGCCAGUCUAGACAACAUGGACUUCAAACGCUUUCGCUUCCUGGUCAUCGAGGCCAUCCUGGCCACCGACCUCAAGAAACACUUCGACUUCCUGGCUGAAUUCAAUGCCAAAGUGGGAGAUGAUGGAUGCUCGAGCAUCGAUUGGACUAAUGAGAACGAUCGUCUGCUAGUCUGUCAGAUGUGUAUUAAGUUAGCCGAUAUAAACGGUCCGUUGAAAAGCAAGGAGCUUCAUUUGCAGUGGACGGAAGGCAUCGUCAAUGAGUUUUAUGAACAGGGUGAUGAAGAGUCCAGUUUGGGCCUUCCCAUCAGCCCCUUCAUGGACCGCACAGCACCACAGCUGGCCAAACUGCAGGAGUCCUUCAUCACACACAUCGUCGGGCCUCUCUGCAGCUCUUACGAUUCAGCCGCCCUCAUGCCCGGCCACUGGGUCGACCCUCUGCCCAAAGAGUGCGAAAACGCUGAGGAAGAGACGGAUGAAGAGGAGGAGGAGGAAGACACACCAGAGGAAGACACCUCCACCAGCUCCGAACUUUCCCAGAAACCAGCACCCAAGAAACGACGGAAAGUGUUCUGCCAGAUCACCCAUCACCUGCUGGAGAACCACGAGAUGUGGAAGAAGGUGAUCGCAGAAGAGUCCCAAAGUCAGACAGAAGAGGAGGAGUCCACAUGCCUCACUAACACCCCUGAGCCAAUCCUAGCCAUCGAUGAGGAGGAGGAGGAGCCGGGGAGCAAGGAGGAGCCUGCAGACGACCAGGAGGAGGAGACAACGGAGGAGGAGGAGAGUCCUGUACCUGACGAGACACACGAAACAGAGGAAACAGAUGGUGAGACUGUAGAGGAAGCGGACGAGACUGUGGGGACUGUAGAAGACGAUGCAGAGCUAACGGGAAAACGAGAGGAAGACGAGACAGAGGAUCCGGAAUGAAUGACUUGCCUUUUUUUAGACGUUGUCUAAAAGCUUUUUAUCGGCAAGCGAGACUUCUAAGAAAUGGUUGCCAGCACAUCACUUAGACACAACACUGUAGAUGCUUGGGGAACAUGUGCCUAAAGGAAACAGGGUGGGACGGGGUGGUUCGGGAUGAAGUAACAAUGAGCAGGCGGUGAACUAUUGAGGUUAGAUGCUAAAAUUGGCCAGGACAUAGAGUUCUCCAGGGGGUUUCCUAUAUUUUCUAGACUUACGUUGGUCAGUUUUGCAAAUCCGUCUGGCGAAACCCUCUCCAGCUGCACCUUAACCCCCAAAACUACGACAGGGGUCCCAAUGUUCUGCGGCGACAUGUUUUGCAGGCUCAACAAGCAUUUCCAAGGAGCCUAGUGUCAAAGUCAGGAACGAGAAACCAAUCCACCGUGACUCUGGCCGGUUUGCGUAUCCCAUCAUCGGCAGCAUUCGAAAGCAGAUGCUCCAGAAAUAGCAUGCAUUUGUGAAAAGGCUACGAAAAGAUACGAUAUGUGUCUGCAUGUCUGUCCUGCCAUUGCUCUUUCUUUUUCCCUUCCAGAACAUCACUAUAGCAAACGCUUGCGCCACUGUCUCAUUUCUGAAGGCUUGUCAUUCCCUUCCCUCACCUUUUUCCCUCGGCAUUCCAUGAACUGAGAUUUUAAGUUUCUCAGGAUCAGACUGUUUUCGGAUAAUUGUAUUUAAAGAGUCAUUGGUUUUUACAGACUUUCUUGCAACUUUCUAAUCUUUUCUGAUCUUGACUCGUGGACAAAGGCAACCUUUAGUUGUGUUUUAAACUGUAACUUCUUCAAAACGCCAAUGGCCUUUUUGCCCAAUCGUUGUUUAACCAGGUGAUUUGAUAUAUAUAUACACAUGCAUACGGCGUGCAAUAGUACAUCACGUCAUCCCUAGUCAUCGGUGUACCAUCCAAAGCUACAGAUGCUCUUAUUCUCCCCUCUUCUGUUCUUGCAUUUAAUUGAGCCAAUUACAACGCCUCAUCUUUGAAACGUCCCCUUCGAUCGCAAUGCAAUGUAACCCUUACUAUUAUCAGGCAAUGUGGUGCGAUGAUGUCCGUCCGGCGAAUUAUUAAAGCAAUACCGACCCUAUGUGUACAGCAGAUUGGUAGCAUUUCCAGUUGCACUUUCUUUUGGUUGCUGUGUAGAUCUGAGACAGCUCAAGUGUGUGUGUGCCAAAUAUGACUUCAAAUCCAUUCUCCCCAAAUUAUGAAACACCAUCAGGAGCAUGCAAAGGCCGUGUGUGCUUGUGCGUACGUGUGGCGAGACAGUAUGAGUGCUUUUUAUUUGUAUAUGGCCCCGAUUUUAGAGGGUAUAUUAUAUUUCUGCAUUAGGCCGUAGAUUUGUAACCCCAGGCCAGAGAUAUUAACCCUUUGGUGCAUGAGUUAUUAAAUCACAAAUUAAAAUAGUCUUCAUGUUUUUAUUACUUUUUUUAAAACAAAAAAAAAUAUUAGUUCCCAGUCUUAUGACGUAUUGUGAGAGCAUUACAGUACACUGCAAUAAGAGAUAGUAGUUGUUAUGUGGUGCAUCACUUUUGUUUGCCAUUUUUAAUUUAGGUUGCCAUAAAGCAGAAAAUAUAAAAAGGAUUGUCACAAUGAAUUAUGGAUAAGGGUUAAGAUUCAACACCUUAAAAAUGACUGACUAGUGUAGUGGACAUCUUGCAUUUUGUUAAAUUAUACAGGCGUCUUCACUGUGUAUUUCCCAAAAUAAAAUUAUCGUAAUAAUAAAAUGCCCUAAAUAACCCAUCAUACCCCAAACCAGAUAUAUUAACCCUUUGGUGCAUGAAUUAUUAAAUCACAAAUAAAACUAUAAUGUUUUAAUUACUUGUUAAAACAAAAAUAUAAUAAUUCCUAGUCUCUUUUAUUUAUCAAUAUAAUGCAUUUAAAGUGUUACGGAGCAUUGCAAUAAAAGAUUAUGAUUGUUAAGUGGUGGAUCUUUUUUAGUUUGCCAUUUUAAAUUAAUGUUGCCAUAAUAAAACAUAAAAAAAUGGAUUGUCACAAUGAAUUAUGGGUAAGGGUUAUCGCCUUGAAAAUAACUGUAGCAGGGAUGCAAGAUAAUAUCGGCACAACAUCGGUAUCGGCCAAUAAAAGCUUAAAAUGACCAUCAUCGGUAUCGGCCGAUAUGAAUAUUUCUGCCGAUGAGCCAAACCGAUAUUCUCCAAGUGAAAUAAUUGACCUGUUUUUCAGAUGUGAAUGUCUGUCUACAUUUGUAAAAUAAUACAUUUAUGGUAGAAUCAGUAUAGAAGAGAUACAUGGAUUUCUCUUCAGUAAAAUUAAAGUUUAAAUAUAUCAGGCGAAAAAUUUGUAUAUAAAUCAAUAUCGGUAUCGGCCAAAAUUAUUUUGAAAAUAUCGUCAUAUCGAAUAUCGGCCAAAAUCCAAUAUCGUGCAUCCCUAAACUGUAGUGGACAUCAUGCAUCAAAGUGUUAAAUUAUACUGAUGUUUUUGCUGUAUAUUUCCCAACUUAAUAUCAUAACCUAUAAUCAAAUCCUGAGGAAUAUAAUACAUUAUUUCCCAAUUUCACGAAGAAAUAUGUGACAUUAUGGAACAAUCCAUUAUGCAAUAUAGCUCCGCCCCUUUUCAUUCUUACUUUUGCUCUGUUUUGGGAAUUACAUUACUGUGAGUCUUUGAUGAUCAAAGGUCAUUGAUAUUGAUGUCUCAAAGUGUUUCAAACCCAGAAUCAUCAAAGAUGCCCAGAUUUGCUUGUACCCAGACAGUAUUCAGAGAGACUCAACAACAGCUGGAAUUAUCCAGCGAAUCCUACACGUUUGAUGCGCGCGCGCGCUCGCUCGUGCAUGCACUGCAUGAUUGCGUGUGUUGGCAUAGUAGCUCUGUGCUCCACUGUGCCUCCCAUCCGUGGGUUUUCAGCUCUCAUCUGCGUUCGGUGACUCUGAUUCCAGAUUCUCAAGUCAGAAUGGGCAGCACAAGUCUUCAAAAACCGGUGUGGAUGGGUUUAUAAUUUUCAUUUUCACCCAUUUCAUUUUUUUUACACGUAGUAGAUGCCCUAAGAGGUGAGAUAAAUAACAGUCUGUACAGUUCGGCUAAAAAAACCUGUGCAGGUAUUUCAGAAAUGCACGAUAACUUGCUAGUUUGUUUGUAAAGCGUAGCGUAGCUGGGUUCAUCAUUCCAGAUCCUUUAGUUCGACUUGCAUGUCAGGUUUACCGGAUGUCGACACAAGAGACAAAAAGAGGCUGAUCUUUUGAUAUAUUUCUUUGCAUCUCCUGUUCAACCCUCGUUCCUUCAUCUUCAGCUGCAUUCGUCUGAUAACCGUGUCCACUCGUUUCAUUCACCUCGAGAACCAAACAAGCUUUACACCUCUCUGAGAAAGAGAAGUGGUACUUGUACUUUUUUAUAUAUAUAUAUAUAUAUAGUCGGCACUUCACUGACAAAAUAAUUAUUUUUCUUCUCACUUGUAUCUUGCACUUAACACAUGUAGCAAUACCUAUAGAAAGGGGAACUGUGUAAAUCACCAGUAUUCGUAAAGUGAAAUAUUCAUUUUAUCGCUGAUUGUUUGUUCCAUUUUGUACAAAAAUUAUAUUGUGUACAGGUUAAAAAUGAAAAGACAAAAACAAAGCCAAAAAAAAAGGGACAAAAAGAUGAAGACGACAACCGAAGUCUUUUAGAUAAACAUUAUUUAUUUUUACUGUUUUGUAAUUUAGACACUAUACUGUAGCUCCUCUAUUGCCAGACUUACUGGAAGUGCCUCUUGGUAUAAUGUAACAUACAGAAAAUAUAUAUUGAGAUUAUUAGAACCUGUCACAAGCUGAACAUUGUGGAUGUUGUAAUGUGAAUACAGUUUAAUAAUACGAGUGAAAUACCUGUGGUAUUGAAUGUC